AUCUAUAGCCCACGGCCAGUCGUUCACAAACCGUAGACAAUCUUGCACGAUGUACCGGAUAAUACUGCUCCUAGUGGCCAUCCAGGCCUUAGCAGUCCAGAGCGGGUGCCAUCACGACCGCUGCAGACACAGGCACCACGACUACAAAAACGGUCGCCACGAGUUUGAUGGGGAGUUCCACGAAUUAUCCUGGGCCGUGGUCCGUGCUGACAGAAAAGCCCAAAGAGUUUGUGACGAAAAUACCAACCAUUCCACCGAAACCUUCUAUAGUAAUCACUACGAGAUAUCCGUCUCGCUUCCAGACUUCAGUGAGGAGGAGAUUACAGUGAAAAUCAAACACCGAGUCAUCUUCAUUCAAGCGUUCAAAAGCAAUCAAAAGGUGUUUUCGGAAUUGAAGAUCGUUCCUGAAUUUGCGAAAGGCAGCAAUGCUAGCUGGAGGUUUGAUGAGAAGGUGCUGAACAUCUACGUGCCUUAUGAGAUCACCCUUGGCACAGAAGUAGUCAGGGUGUGCAACAACACCAUAGACGAGUCGGUGAUCACACUACCAAAGGCAGACAUCGACAUGCGUUUCGGUGACGAUGAGACGACCGUUACUCCGUUAAAUGAAGAUAAUUUGUAGUGUGUAAUACUUACAAGGUGUGGUGUUACUUUUAAAUAAUAUGAAAAAAAUACA